AUGGCUGGCGCUAACAGCAUCCGUUGCAUGGGCCAACCCGCAUCAGAAAGUUUGCAUGUUGAAGAUUUAGAACUGACUACAUUGUCUGGCUUAUUGGAAGAGCGCAAACGUUUAGAAGAUGCACCUAGUGUCUGUCAUCAAGUACAGUGGAAGACUAACCUUUUAACAACGUCUACCGACAAAAUCAUUGCGCACUGCCAAUCACAUGAGUUUGGACCAGCUGAUCUCGAAUGGGUAGAGGUAUUGCAUUCUCUGACACUUUUAUAUGCGAUUCUUGCGCUGCAGUCUAUGGGCAUCUGUGAGGAGACUUGCAGAUUAAUUGCGAUUGGAUCGUCCAUGAAAGAUUACGCAAGGUGGUUGUCCAGGCAGGUAGAUGUCUACGCCAGAAUCAAUCCAAAGAAACUGGGGGACUUGAUUGAAGCUUUGCCAUCUAAUCCUGUCAUUAAUGGGUACGUCAAGAUUGGUCAGAAUCUUCCCGUAAUUCUAUCAGGGGAUAUACAACUUGGCGAACUGCUCCCGCGGGAGUGGGAUAGCAUGAAGCUCAUCCAACAAUUAGACACCGAAAUAGGGACUUCAAGAGACUCACUGGAGACAUACAUUGACUGUCUAACGCACAAGCAUCCAAAUCUACAUUUUGGGGAAUAG